AUGUUGGAUUCUGUGAUAUCAGAGGACAGCUUCGACUGUGAGAUUGAAAUAGAUUAGGAUGUAUGGAAGUCGAAAUAAAAAGCUUACGAUUCUAUCAUCAGGCUUUUAAGACCAAAUGAGCAGCUCUAAACAAUUUAAACUGCAUUAUUGAUUGUGGAAUACUUUUUUUUAUCUGAUCAUUAUCAAAGAGAUUAUCAAAGAUUCAUAGAUUUUAUACCUGUAAUUGGAGCAACAGCUUUCUAUAUUUCCUCAAAGUAUUGGGAUGUAAAGGCAAUCUCUUUGAGCAGACUAAGUAAACGCAAGGUCAUUUAAGGUUGA